ACAAACAUUCAAAGAUAUUAUUGAUCAUGGAUUUUUUUGGGGACGUCGAUGAUGUGCAAAUGGUCGCAAAUUUUCUCCUAUGAAACAGAUUUUUAAAUAAAGAUUAAACUGCAGAUAAAUCAUGCAAAUGUUUAAUGUUUAAAGACGAACAACUGCAAUUAAGAAAGGUUGAAGUUCUUUUCAAGAAACUGGAAUCAGCACCAGAAAAUGUAAAAGCAGUCGCCAUUUCAAAGAUCAAAGAAAGACUAAUGCCUGGAACAUAUGAAAGAGUAGAUGACCCUGUCAAGAGAGAACCUGUCAACACAAGGCCAAAACGAGGUAACCAUAGAAGAAAGCCAGUGGGGAACAACAUCAGCACACUGCAGCAGAAGUCAUACAGUCAUGAGUAUAAUGUGAAAGAAGUUACAACAAAGAGAGGACGCCGUGCAAAGCAGUUUAACUACAACUCUGACUCUGACAGUGCCGCAGAGUCUAGCGUAGUUGAAGUCAUUCCCAGUGAAUCCAUUGCGAGUGCAGAAGACAGUGAAACAGAAAAGUCAGUUAUUGCAGUUACUGAGGAGGCAGUAUGUGACAGCUCAGACGUGCAGGAUCUCAGAGAUGGUGUUGGUGAAAAUGUGUUUGUUGUUGAAACUACAACUUCUGUUAAACCUGAAGAAGUUACAGUGUGCAGCCGAGCCGAUGGGAAAGAUAAUGAGGCAGAAAAUGUGGUGAUAAAAGGAGCUACUGUCCAGUGUUCUAUUUGUUAUAAAGAGUGUAAUGACAGAAUUGAUUUGAGAAAUCAUUUGAAAGAGGAGCAUAUAUCUCAUGGAAUGUACAUAUGCAAGCAGUGUGGACAUUUUUUUCCAAAGGCCCAGACAUUGAAGAUCCACAUGAAAAGGCAUCGUGGUGAACGUGAUUUUUCAUGUGCUAACUGUGAUUAUCGUACAUAUACUAAAGCUGAACUGGAAAGACAUAGCACUGUGCACACUGAUCAUACUGAUGAUCGUACCUUUGUCUGUCAUCAUUGUGGAAAGGUGUAUGCAGUUUACAAGUCACUGCAGGAACAUAUCCGUUCUGUGCAUGAGCAGUCUAACAUGCAUGUCUGUGAGGAGUGUGGCUUCACAACAUGUCGAGCUGCCUACCUGCAAGUUCAUAUUCACACAGUUCAUCUUGGCAACUACAAUAGUCAUGUGUGCCCCGUCUGUGAUGCUCAUGUUAAACAACGAAAUGCAUUUCUGGAACACAUGCGUUCUCACACUGGUGAUCGUCCUUUCAGGUGUGACAAAUGUAGUGCAUCAUUUGCCUGUUCAGCACGACUUACAGUCCAUCAGAAGUCUGUUCAUGGCCCUCGAACAUAUCAGUGCAGCACAUGCAGUAAAGCUUUUCAGACCAAACAUCACUUAGAACGCCAUCAAGUCAUCCAUACAAAGAAGCGCCCAUUCAAGUGUCCAUAUUGUUCUUAUUCUUGUAAUGCACAAGGUAAUAUGAUCAAACAUGUCAGGACUGUUCAUGGCCGAUUGGAUUUCUCCUAUCGCAGGUACAAGAGACAGCAGCUGCAGCAGAAAGGCGUACUGCCAGCUGUUCCAGAUCCUGAAUGGGUUGGGAGGGGUGAGGAAGUGAGCCAGCAGUAUCUUGAGAAGUUGUCUGAGAAACUAGGAAGAAAAAUAACAGUGAAGGAGUUGCGCGAGAAAGAGUCACAUCGUGAGAGAACUCAAAGCACAAUGAGUAAAUAUCGGAAGCUUAAUACUGCAUCAAAGGCAAACAAGAAUGCUCGUGCUGAAUGCUUUGUGCUGCCUGAGACAGCAGAUCACUCAUAUGUCAGUACAGUCAGGGAGACCAUCAUUGAAAAGACUACAGAUGCUGGAAAUAAAGAUAGUGAGCUUGCAGUUAAACGGUUAAGUGAUGGAGAAGAGUCAUCUGUGCAUGAGAAGGAAGUGCAAUAUGAAACAAAUCCUGUGAGUGAGAGGGUGUUUCUGGUACAAUGCAACAGAAAUAAGGGAGAACAAAUAAAACUUCUUGUGGGCACAGAAGUAUCAGAAGAUACUGGCCAUAUCGAAACUGAACCACCAACUCUGCAGCUGGUCUAUCACAACAGCCCAAGACCAGGUACAUUAUCAGAUGUUGAAGGCAGAGGUAUUCGUGUUGAAGUGCAAGGUGGUGGUUACCUUACAAGUAACUUUGUAGCACUUUCGGGAAUAGAGACUGAAAAAAACAAUGUUGCGCCUACAGUAAUUGUUGUUGUUGAUACAGAUCAGAACUCAAGCUUAGGUACUGAAUGACUUCGUUCCAUAUUUCCAGUAAAUUGAGGCAUACAAUGCUCUCUGACAUUAAUUGGGCAGAAAAAAAAUUAUUUACCAAUGAGCAGCUGUUGCAAUCAUGCAGAAAAGCAUUAAGUUGCCAGCUUUCAGAACCAGGUGCCCUCCUGGAACAUAGGAGGAAGGGAUAGGAGGAAAACAAACUGUUUAUUCACAAGGAUACAAGAAAAGACAUUCAGGACCCUAGUUCAAGAAAGACUUACCACAUGAGAAAUGGGUUGUUGUCAGAUGAGAUUUGAAAACCUGAGGACUUUGAAAUGGUCCAAUGGUGAGGAAGCAAAUCAGAGAUGAGUGGAAAUACAUCAGAAAUAAACCAGUAAGAUCUGGAAACUGAGUGCAGGAAGAAUGGUAGCCAGUGAGAAAAAAAUUAAAUGAUAAGAGAGAGAAAGAUAAGGGAAAGAAAUGAUAAAUUAAGGAAAAACUGGAAGAAUAAUGGUACAUUGUGGCCAGAUGGCUGGCAGGAACCUAGGUUAUGUUGUAGACAAUUAGUGAAAGCUUAAAGGAAGAACAAACUUUGAAGAUAUCUGCCUUAUGUGCCAACUACAGUGGGAAAGUGCCAUGUGACCUUGCUGGACCCUGUGAUUUUGGACUGUCUGAGGGAACAAAUGAUGAUUCACUGUAUGCAAACAUACAUAAAACCACCAGAGAUGGAAUAGUGGAAAGUGGACAGCUGUGAACCACACAUGCACUGGAUCAACAAGUACUAUAGUUAUGUGGAAAUUGUCGGUGUAAGCAUCAGCAGGAGCAGUUACCUUUACAUCUAACUUAGCAAAGUGUGAGCUCCUACCUGGAGCACACUGGAAAGCUAACAAUUUUUGUUACAUUUAGACCACAGUUCAACCAUGAGGAAAUUAUUACAAGUUUAAAGUAACUGGUUAAGAUAUUUUUUGAUACUGCUUUAUUUAAAAUAUACUAAAAUUUGUACAAAGCAAACAACAUACUUCAUUUAAAACAGGAAGUAAACAACAAAAACAAGUUACAACUCGUGAAACUUUGCGACCACACAUUGUCAUUCAACUAAAAAAAGGUAUUAACAUCAUUACAAGCAGAAUAAACAAUUCAGCUUCUGAGUGCAGAAUUUUCUUCCACCCAUAUUUCACUUAUAUGUUACGUCUUUGUAGAAGUUUAACAGCAAAGGUAGUAAUGCUUCUAUGCCGGUCACUAAAUUGAAUAUUCAGAAAUUUGAAUGUUCAAGAAAAUGUACACUGCAUGAAAAUAGAACUGAGGAAAAACUGCUUGAAAUACAUAAUACUGUAUAUUGAUUGCUACAUUUUUGUCAUUUGUACUGCAAUCAAUUAGCAAUAUUCUGUAAUUAUUUUAGUCGAUAGCAAAAUGGCAUUAUUACAGGAAUUAUUGCUCUGAAAGGUUGUGGCCAUUUAUCUACAAUGAAUCAGAUGCCUUGUGUAAGACUCUAUGCACUUACAUGCUAAUCUAUUCUUUAUUAUUUUGUUGUUAUUACACUUCCACAAUCUCUAUGUAAAAAGUUUUCUUCAUAAUAAAUAUCAUGAGACCUACCCAAAUAUUUAAAAUUGAUAUUUACUAUCACAGUUCAAUCUAUUCUAUAUUUUUUUAGCAAUCACAGUCUAUAAAUUCUAUAAGGAAGCCCUUUGUACCAACUUGUUAUACUGCAAACACUAUAGACAGCAAGUUGCAAGGAUCAGAUUUCAGGAAAUUAAAUACACCUUGCCGAGUCCAUAAGGGAUACAAUAUGUACUAUUAAUUAUAAGAAACAUCUUUAAUGGUUCUCUGUAAUAUUCAUUUAAGUCCAUUAUCUUCAUUGGAACUUGAGGUAUAAGUGUAAAAUAUACCUUUCAACGGAAGGAAAUUGAAUAAUACAUCUCUUUUAUAACUUUUUUCCCCUUGAAACAGUGGAUUCAGUAUUUUCCACUUGUUAAUAAAAGAAAUAUAAAAAUAAUACUGUAUUAGCCUAUACAGUAAUGUGAAGUAUUCCUUUAAUGUAAAUAGUAAAUACCAGAACCUGUAAUAGGAAUGUAUACAGGUUUACAACAGUGGCAGUGAAUACAUAUUUUUAUUUAUUAUAUGGCAAAUGAAUACCAGCAUUCUAUUCCUGAAAAGUGACACAUAGAAAGUGAUAUACAAUCGUAUUUCUCACUGUGUCUCCAAGUGAACUAUAAUGUUGAUAUUCAAAGUUCAUAACUUAAAUGAAUGCAUUUUGCAUGUUGAAACAUAUUCAUGAGUUAUGUUAACUAUGAAACAUAGAGGUGAUUUCAAAUCCAGUUAGCAGGUAGGAAUAAUUUUCUUAAUUCAAAAUAUUCUAAGGAAAGCGGAAGUAGCUCUUUUCAAAUUAAUUCUUUUGUUGCACUUGGUGUACAAGAUCCUUUUAAAGUUUCUCCAGUAAAACUUUUAAAAGUAGUCGAGAGGUAUUUAUCAAAGGGUAAUUUACAUAGGAAAAAAUAAAAAUUAUUUGUCUGUCAAUUUUCACAGAAGGUAAAUUUUUUGUAUGCAUUAAACAUCCUCGACGUCAAUUAGGGGAAAAGUCUUUGGUGUAUGUAUUGUUGACAGUAUGUUGAUGGCUUCAGAGCUGAAUUGCUGGCGAGAGCACAUAAUUCUCUUACAAGAAAUAUUGUAUUCAAAGACAUGCAAAUACAUCUCAAGUAACUAAUAGAACAACUCGUUACUUAAGAAUACAACAGUAGUUUCUUUUUACAAUAGCUGCCUUCACAUUCUUCCAAGAAUGUAUUGUAUGCUCAUUGUUAGAACUUCCAUGAUACUGUGUUGCCUGUCUGAAUAUUUUGAUAUGUGUUCUGACAGUUUACAUGUUGCAAUAGCCACGAUGAAGAGAUCAAAAUUUAUUUGGCAAAGGCUGGUCAUGCGUUGAUGUAUUCUGCAGACAGGUAAAUCAGAACUGCUGAGAAUUGCACACAUUGCAUUUAUGGAUUAUAUGAAACCAUUUGAUAGGAUUGUAAGUAAACAAUCUAGGGAAUGUUUUUGGCAAUAGCUUUACAGUCAAUAUAAAAGGAGCUAUAAAAUUUUUGUUCUGACAUACUGCUGGAUUAAUGAAGUUCAAUAAACUGACAGUAAUAAAAUGAGGUGUCAGCCAAGGAUGCACUCUAUCAUCAGUGUUGUUCAUGUAACCCAUUAACAAUAUUAGCUAAGUAAGGAAAGCAGAACAACCUUGAGAUUCCAAUGAAGUUGGCAGAAGACAUUAAAUAUCUUCUUUGUUGCUGACAACUUUCAGAUGAAAACAUGGAAACAUCUUUUCAUUUAAUACUCAAUGUUUUUUCAUUUAAUACUCAAUAUACCUAAGUGAUAUAAAUGAAGUUCAUUGCAUUUCUCAUAGAAAAAUUAUUCAAUUGCAUAUCAGUGUCAACAGUGGGAUAUUACCACAGGUUAAACUCUUGAAAUACCUUGGCUGUGACAUUGCCCACGACAAUGAGUAAGAUGUUGAAAAUUAGGUAUAAAUUUUCUCUGAAAGCUAAUACAAUUCAGAUGCUGGGAAGACACUGUAGCAAAGAAACAGAAAUUAUACAUAUGAUAGCUGUGUUGUAUGUAAGUGAAACCUGAAUAUUGUAAUGAACAUGCUGUUAGGCUGCUCCGUGAUUAGCAUACAGGAAGCAUAUUUGGGAGGACAUC